AUGAUGAGAAUCCUGGGGUCGACGGCUGCGCUAGCCGGAGCAGCUACUGCUUUUCGCAACGGUUCAACAACAACCGAGUCGCCGGCAUGCCCGGUGCCGUACUCAUGGAUCCGAAACGACUCCGACCCGAUUGGAGCGUGCUCCAGCGACUUCCAGGUGAUUGGCGACGUCCCGGAUGCGAUCCAUGAGGGCGCCAUACCUCCUACUGGCAUUGCAGUGGACCCGGAACACAACAUCUUCUUCACGUACGCCAGAAACAUGGAGAAGCAGAACCACACCCUGACCAAGGCCACUUCUUUCAGCGAAGAGAUUCCAUGGCCUUCGGAGGAAUGGCAGAACUGUGCCGAAGGGCAAAACGCAUCCACCUGUUUUGUCAAUGUGCAGAAUAUUGUGCUUGACUCCGUCGGUGGCUGGUGGGUGAUUGACUCUGGUGUCCCCAAUGGCGCUGCAAUGCCAGUCCCAGACGGCCCCAAGAUCAUCAACUUCAACUACACCACGGGCGAGCCCAUCAGGACAUACAUCUACCCCGAGGACCAGUGGUUCGCCAAGCUGCAGCUGAACGACAUCAAGGUGAACAACACGCUCGGAACCGGAGGCUACGCCUUCAUCACGGAGGACUCCCAGUACGGCUCCAUCACCACACUGGACCUCUCCACGGGCGAGUUCAUCCGCCACCUCUACAACACGACCUUCACCAGGCCCGACGAGCGGUUUACGUCCAUCUACAAUGGCGAGCCGAUCCGCAACUGGAACGGCACCAAGCCGUCGUACAUGACGUCCGGGACCAACGGCAUUGCCCUUACGUCUGGGAAUGUGUACUGGGGCGUCAAGUCUUCUCACCGGUGGUAUAUACUUUCUCAGGAGGCAUUGAUUAGCGGGCUUAGCGAUGAGGAGCUAGCUGCGAAGAUCCAGAUCCCGGGAAACAUUCCCUCGGAGCAGGCGGGCUUCACUGCGGACGACAAGGGCCGUAUCUACAUGAUGGCCUCUGAGCAUAACGCCAUUCUGUACGUCGACACCCUAGAGUCUGAAUUCACAGACUCGGUCACUGCCGUCCCAGCUGAUGGCUCCGGUAUCGUACCCGUGGAGAACCUGGUCCACAGGACCCUGGUUCGCAGCGGGCUCCUUCAGGCUGCUGACACAGCCUGUAUCUUGGAUGGCUGGCUGUACUUCGACACCAACCAGCAGGGUCUGGCCCCUCUGCGACAAUACAACAACAUUGACCGCCGUCGGGGCCCUUUUAGGAGUUACAGGUACUGGAUCGGCAGAGGCCCAGCGGUGUAG